AACCUUUGACACACUCGCCUCCUACUCACAGUGACGCCGGCCACCAUCACUCCGCUCGUGAUCCGUUGGGUGUUAUGGUAUGCUUCAAUCCAUAUCCGGUGACUUCCUCUUAAGCGUCUUCCUCAGGGUGCUGUUCUCAUGUCUACAUUUACAUUCUAUGCUGCAUCGAAGCAAUUAUGUCAUUAGAUGUGACAGUAAAAAGUAUAAAACUGAUGCAAACAUUAUAUAUCAAAUAAUAGGUUCAUGUUGAAAUCUCUUUAACCUGUCCAUUAAAGCAUCUGUUUCACUUUGUCAAUGAGAGGAAGCUUUGGAAUAAGGAUCCAAAACCCCAACUUUUGCAAUGCUAGCAGAAAAACGCUAGUUCCAUUUUCUACAUCUUCCAAUUUUGGUGGUGGAGGUCGUGGUCGUGGAGGCUCUCCCUCUGGCUCAGGGCUGUUCAACAACAAUGAAAGAGCUCCAGGUAAGCCUAAUUCCAGCGACCCCAAAUCUGACACAACAGAGUCAACCAUUCCUCCUGGUUCUGGUCGUGGCCAUGGCCGUGGUAAACCAAUAUCUCCUCCAUCAGGUCUUCCUUCUUUCUCUUCAUUUAUAACAUCCAUAAAUCAGUCGCCUGCUGGUCGUGGCCGAGGAACAUCUCAACCUGAACAUGAUUUGCCACCACCAGAUUUUGGACCCAAAAAACCCAUUUUCUUCAAAAGAGAGGAUAGUGUUUCUCCGACAGCCUCAGAUGAUUUUUCCCCACCCAAAAAGCCCAUUUUUUCUAAAAAGGAGGAUGUUGUUAGCCCAAUAACCAGAUCUGGUGAUCAUGAGCAUGAUCACAAACUUCCAGGGAGCAUACUAGGGGUGUUGUCUGGAUUUGGGCGGGGGAAAACCAUGAAACAACCAGACUCAGAGACUAGAGUUCCAGAAGAGAAUAGGCAUCUCCGCACUCGACGAGCUCCUAAUGCUGCUGCAUCUGACUCUCUGCCUGAGAGACAGCCAAUACCAAGACAGGAUAAUGCGAAUGCACGAAGAAAUUUAUCUCAAGGUGAAGAUGAUAGAAGUGGUACCGGGAGAGGAAGAGGAUUUAGAGAGAGAGGUGGUCGUGGUCGUGGUCGUGGUCGAGGUCGAGGCCGAGGCCGAUCUGUAGGAAUGGAAGGGUUCAGAGAGAAGGAUGUGGAUGAAAGGAUUGACCGUCUUAUGGAUACUGAGGAUUCCUAUACUACAGGGCUGCAUGUUGGGGAUGAUGCAGAUGGUGAGAGAUUAGCCAAAAAGUUUGGACCAGAGAUAAUGAAUCAAUUGGAAGAAGCAUUUGAGGAAAUGACAGAGAGAGUUUUUCCAUCACCAUUAGAGGAUGAGUUUUUGAAUGCAUUAGACAUCAAUUAUGCAAUUGAAUUUGAACCAGAAUAUUUGGUGGAGUUUGAGAAUCCAGAUAUUGAUGAGAAGGAACCAAUUCCACUUCGAGAUGCACUUGAGAAGAUGAAACCGUUCUUGAUGGCAUAUGAGGGGAUUCAAAGUCAAGAAGAGUGGGAGGAAAUAAUGGAAGAGACAAUGGCACGAGUUCCAUUAUUAAAAAAGAUUGUUGAUCACUACAGUGGACCGGACAGGGUAACUGCAAAGAAGCAACAAGAAGAACUAGAAAGAGUUGCUAAAACUCUUCCAAAGAAUGCACCACUUUCAGUGAAGCAAUUUACUAACCGUGCUGUUAUCUCUCUUCAGAGCAAUCCAGGCUGGGGAUUUGACAAGAAAUGGUAUUUCAUGAAUAAGCUCGUUGGGGAGGUAUCGCAGCAUUACAAAUAAUUUAAUGUCUUCCAAGCUUUUGGUGCCUUUUUUGACAAGAAAAAUGCCAUUUUAUGAAUGCGAUCGUUUGGGGAGGAGGUUAUAAAAUGACUCAAGCUCAAUCAUGGUUGGUUUUUGGGUUUACUAUGUCCAUUGCAUUGUGGAUAAGUAAUCUGGCCUACUUUAAUUUUAGUUCUUGAUUAAAGAACUGCUAUAACUCUUGUAAUAAUACGAAUGAUAGUGUUUUUUUG